GAUAGACAUCUCCUUCCUAUUAAGUGGCUGCUGCCGGUCUAACAAUCUUCAGCAGCAGCUCAAUUGCCAGCAAAGCAAACCAUCACUGUAAGGGAACUGAAAGCUUCUUGACAGCAGACAUGAGAUCUUCCCUAGCGCCUGCCAUCAGGCUCAUGCAGUCUGUAUCCAGAGACAGCUGUUAUCGGGGGUUUAUCAUUGUGAUGACCUUUUUGUUUUAUACAUGCUAUCACCUUUCAAGAAAACCGAUCAGUAUUGUAAAGGGGCAACUACACAGGAACUGCUCGGCUCUCCCCAAUCCUCCAAAUAUUUCUGAAAAUGACACCACAUGGUGCAGCUGGGCUCCUUUCGAAAACACAAAUUAUAAAGAGCUUCUUGGCUCAUUGGACACAGCCUUCUUGGUUUCCUAUGCAAUUGGAAUGUUUUUCAGUGGCAUAUUUGGAGAACGCCUGCCCUUGCGCUACUAUCUCUCAGGAGGCAUGAUCAUUAGUGGUAUAUUCACUUCUUUCAUGGGAUUUGGCUAUUACUGGAAUAUUCAUGCGCUCUGGUAUUAUAUAUUGUUUCAGAUAUUGAAUGGUUUGGCUCAAACAACAGGAUGGCCUGCAGUGGUCACAUGCAUGGGAAACUGGUUUGGAAAAGGGAAGAGAGGCUUUAUCAUGGGUAUCUGGAAUUCCCACACUGCUGUUGGCAAUAUACUGGGAUCACUAAUUGCAGGAGCUUUUGUUUCAACUGCCUGGGGCCUGUCCUUCAUUGUGCCAGGAAUAAUAAUUGCUGCCUUUGGUAUCUUUUGCUUUUUCUUCCUUGUUGAAUAUCCAGAAGAUGUCGGCUGCACCCCUCCCCAACAGCCUGAAGAAGCAAAACAUGACUUGGAAAAUAUACCAGUGUCAUAUAACAGCACAGAUACCAUUUUUAAGUCCACUGAAAGCAACGCUGAUGAUUCUGAGAACGCGCACACUGAAGUGGAACACCCACAAGCCAUCAGUUUUAUUGGAGCCCUCCGAAUACCUGGAGUUGUCGAAUUCUCUCUGUGUUUGCUGUUCGCAAAAUUGGUCAGUUACACUUUCCUUUACUGGCUACCUUUGUACAUUGCAAAUGAUGCCCAGUUUGAUCCUAAAGCAGCUGGGGACCUCUCCACCCUGUUUGAUGUUGGGGGCAUCAUUGGUGGAAUUUUGGCUGGUGGUAUUUCGGAUUACACUGGUAAAAGUGCCAUAACAUGCACAAUAAUGCUUAUUUUGACAGCUCCAAUGUUAUUCAUUUACAAUUAUUUUGGACAGACCGGAAUAUCCACUACCAUUGCAAUGCUGAUUAUAUGUGGCAUAUUGGUUAAUGGACCAUAUUCACUUAUUACCACAGCUGUGUCUGCAGAUCUGGGUACACAUGAAUCACUUCAGGGCAAUGCCAAAGCUUUGUCAACAGUAACUGCAAUUAUUGACGGUUCAGGAUCAAUAGGCGCUGCUCUAGGACCUUCACUUGCCGGUGUUCUCUCCUCUAGAGGGUGGAACUAUGUUUUCUACAUGUUAAUAGCAGCUGAUAUAUGUGCCUGUUUGUUGUUGGCUCGUCUGGUAUAUAAGGAAAUAAGGUCGCUAUGUGGAGGCGAGAGAAAAAGCUACACUGAAAUGUGAUUGCCAUUUUACCUGCAAGAGGAGCCUGGAUCAAUUUACAAUACUUUGCUGGCAGGAUCAGCCCACAUGCUGCUAUUUUAAAGACAGAAGACAUUUAAGUGAUUUUACAAAUAGAGUAAUUGUAUUAGGGCUAUUGUAAACUAGGCAUUUUGAUCAUCACGAAUUCGUCAGUCAAAACAUUGGGGAUUAUUGCAGGUCAUGUCCCCUUGACAAAAAUCAGAAAGUGCGACAGACACAUCUCUCCUUUGACAAAAAUGCACCAUACAAUUUGGGUAACAAUCUCAGGUUGUGGAUCUACUAGUAACCUGCAAACAGCUUCUCUAGAUCUAAGGCUGCUGUUUUGAGUAGCAAAAGCCUAAUUAAAGGGUUAGUCAUAAUUUUACAGAUUUUACAAACAGAAUUCUACAGUUGUACAUAAAUAAACAAAAUUCAUUGCAAUCAA